AUGUCUCGCGUUCUGAAUAUACCUCACGUCGGCAUCAACGUGGACAAUAUCACACAACUCGAAUACCUCGCGUCAAAGGUCACGGUGUGCACGCGCUUGCACUCGCCUGAUCCAACGCCUAAGAUCGGCAUCGCGCAGGUACUAGUUCAUACAUACAUGACUGACCCGCAUAUUUACACGAGGGAGCUUGCGAUGAGCGAUGAAGAAGCAUCUGCAAUGCGCAGGUUCCAAGCAUUUUAUGCUUCACGGACGUCUGCAUCGAUCUCGAAACAUGUCAAAAGCUACGGACCUGCACCUGGGACAGUUUUCCACGAAGGCUUGGUACUUGCCACGAGCACCUACAAGGGGACGGCAGUCUCCUUGAAUCAGAUUCGUGGCAUCGCUGAGGUCGUCAGGCUGUCAGAAAUUUUUACUUCAAGGUCAUACCAAGUUGAUACUACAGCGGACACGGAAGUGAUGAAUAUGGACAACAGGGAAGUUCAGCCCUCCGCUUCAGAGUCCGUCAUGUGGGCUGAUUAA